GCCUCUCCUAUCACCAAUAAGGUCUCCCAUGAGACUCGCAAUAGUGAAAUAUAUCCCUUUCUCCCAUGGUAACCCCUCGAAUUCCAUACGUCCUGCCAUUCCCACCGCCCCCAAUUCACCCCAAAAACGCCACGACACUCUCCGCAGCAAUCGAUGCAGUGACCAACUUUCUGGAGUCGCGCGACGUCGUCAUCCUUACGGGCGCUGGUAUUUCUGUCGAGAGCGGCCUGGCAGACUACCGUGGCGAGAAGGGAACCUACAGACUGAACCGGACUUACCGGCCAAUAUUCUAUGAGGAAUUUGCGGGGAAUCAUGAAGCCCGGAAACGAUACUGGACGCGAAGUUUCCUCGGGUGGCCGACAAUGGAAAAAGCCCAGCCGAAUAGAGUGCACAGGUCGAUUUCGAUACUAGGAAAGCUGGGGGUGCUGAAUCACGUAAUCACUCAAAACGUUGAUUCCCUCCACCACACCUGUCACCCCCACUUGCGAACUACGGAACUACAUGGCACUCUCCAAACACUCAUCUGUCUAACCUGCCGCUCCCCAUACCCGCGCGUUGAAUUUCAGAAAACCCUCGCAGAGUUAAACCCCAAAUGGGCGGAAUUUCUACACAUUGCUACAGAAGCUGGAAUGUUCGGCAAUGGUCAUCGCCGGGGGCAAAGCAUAAAGACGAACCCCGACGGUGACGUGGACAUCCUCGGGGCACCAUAUACGAAAUUCCGCUACCCACCUUGCCCAAAGUGUCUCAAUUCGAAUGAUAUCAAGGUCCUAGUUGACGAACAAGGAUCACACAGGCCUAACGGGGGGUCGGCUACGAAUGGAGUGUUGAAACCCUCUGUGACGUUCUUUGGGGAAUCUAUAUUACUGGAGGCCAAGACUAAAGCGGAAGAAAUGGUAGAUAAAUGUGGGGGCAUACUUGUCGUUGGGACCAGUUUGGCUACGUAUUCUGCUUAUAGGCUCGUUAAGGCUUCGCAUGAUGCUGGGAAGGGUGUUGGGAUCGUGAGUUUGGGAGGGGUCAGAGGGGAGGGUUUGUUUUUCUCGGAGGGAAGUAAAGGGAGGAGGCUUAGGGUUGAUUUCGGUGCUGGUGAUAUAUUGGGAGGCGUUGUGAAGAAUUUUGGGGGUGAAGCGGUAGAGGAAGAGGAAAGCGAAACUCCUCUUAGUGGGGGUGGAGUGGGACUUGGGGGGUAG